CCCAUCUCCCAAACGAUGUCGUAAACUUGAUCCCUUUACAAGUACAGAAAAGUGGUUUGCUGGGUUUUGUAACUUUUGUUCCCCCAAAGUUUGCGAUAGGAUGGUAAGAAUUCACGUGAAGCAUGGCUGCCGGCGGGCUGUGAAUGGCGCGGACGGUGAACUGGAGUUCCUAUACGACUGCGAAACCUCUUCAACAAUCCAGCACAUCACCCAAGACAUAACGGAGAUAGCAAACUUCCAACUCCAAAUUCGACAACUGGGCUGUCAACUCCUCCCUCCCGUCGCUGCUCUCCUCCACACGCACCGCCCACAAGUGAUAGCCCUUCACAGAGCUCUCUCUGAAGCUACUUCCUACGCUUCCAAGGAGCAAGUUGUACAUGGCAAGCCAUUGUCAAUUCUUGUGUUAAGAGAUCACAUAAGAAUCAUAGCAACUGCGUUCGUGGUAAAUUAUAAGCUAUUGAAUUUUCAAGACAGCAAUUUCAAACAACUGCUUUCAGACUCGGAGCUUCUUCAAGAAGACACAGUUCAGCUUUUGUGGGCUGGGAAAGAGUUGAUGAAAGGGAAAACUUUACGUGAUUAUAUUGGGAAAAAUGAGAAAACAAAGAUCAUGCUCAGGUUGCAGUCACAAGUCUCAAAUCCUGCCUUUUAGUCCAGCAGUGGCAGUAAUUUCACUUUAACUUCUCUUUCGUUUUGCCCUUUGUGUGUGUGUGUGUGUUUUUUUUUUUACAGGAGUAUUAUACAGUUGUCAACCCCUCCUAAUUGCACAAAUUUGUCACUCCUUUUCAUCCUUUUGUCUGGUGAAUCAAGAGUUGGAUCUGCCAAGUGAGUUGGGCUCCUUGAAUUCUGAGACUGGAAUUUUGAAACAUGUGACGAUGCCCUCUCUUAAUGAGCAUCUUAGUCUACCUCAGUGAAGGCCAAUUUAUUGAUUUUGCAGACUCAGUGAUGCAUAUAGCUGAAGAAACUGUCCCUCGUAUUUUGGAGGAAAAGAGCUAUUGAUCUUUCCUUGGUGAUGAAGAUUCUCUUGUUCAAUUUUUAAAUAAGAACUAUGUAACUACUUUUCUUUUAAGCUUCUGUAAAGCUUAAUAUUUUUCUAGUCCAGUUGUUCAGAAAUUUUAGAUGUAUUCAAGAAUGCAUUUCAAUUUAAAUGAGUCUCUCAUGAGAAGUAUCCUUGCAGCU